AUGACAAAAAAUGGUAUCAUUCUAAUUGAUGGAGGACUGGGAACAACGCUCGAAUUAAAUGGGUAUACAAUUCAUAAUGAUCCGCUAUGGUCGGGAAAAUAUUUGGUGAAUGACCCAGCGAUUCGUCCAGGCCGGCGCGGACGUGAUCACGACCUCCACAUAUCAAAUUCUCAACGUAUUAUUGAAAACUCGGUUAAAAUUGCAAGAGAUCUGAAAGAUUGGCACAGACCAAGAUUGGAAGCAAUCGUUCGUGCGGAGCCGGAUUUAAUUGCAUUUGAAACGAUUCCUUCUCUCGUAGAAGCCGAAGCUUUAAUUGAUUUGUUGAAAGAGCAUCCUAAUACCAAAGCAUGGCUGACAUACAAUUGCAAGGACACAAAAUCAACAGCAUAUGGCGAACCGAUUGAAGAUGCUGUUAAUGUUUGUUUGAAAUCAAAACAAAUAAUUGCUGUCGGUGUGAAUUGUGUUGAUCCGACGUUAGUUGAACCAAUAGUGGAACGAAUCUCAAACAUUGAUCGUGAUAUCAUAGUAUAUCCGAACGCGGGCAACACGUGGAAUGAAAAAUUAAGACAGUACAAUCCAGAUGGUCAAUCAAUCGUCCCGUUUGUUUCUAAUUAUCUUAAAGCCGGAGUGAAAUGGAUCGGUGGAUGCUGUGGCGUUGAUCCAGAUUCAAUUCGUCAAAUAAAACAACUUCUCGUCGAAGCAUAA